GUUUGGAUGUCAGACAAAUUCACCUCUGAGAGAAGUUUUGGCGAUUCCGGCCUCAGCGUCGAUGAUUUUCUCGCUUUUUCGUUCAUAAUUGUACAUUCUAGUUCGUAGUGUUGCUUCGCAGAGUUUAGUGAAUUGUCUGGGCGCCAGUAAAUGCGCACAAGCGAAGUCAUCAGAGUCUUUUGUAUGUGGGAAAACUCCUGUUAAAUCUUGCCAUCAGAAAUUGAGGCUGCGAUGGAGGACUCUUUUGUGCUGUCGCGCAAGGGAUUGAUCCGGAAGAAGGAGAGCGGGCUGUUUGACGAGUCCUUCUCCGCCAGUCAGGAGACUUCCAUCAGUCUGGCCAAUGCGGAGAUCCGGAAGCUGCUGGAGGAGGAAAAGGGGCGCGAGAAGACGGUGCUGGAUGUGCGGCAGUACAUUGGGCGGAUGUUCGACGGGCUGGAGAUGGAGAAGCCCGAACUGGGGAUUGUCAGUGCGCCGGUGAAGGCGGAACAGCUGUACACGCAGUUCCUGGAAGUGCUUCAGGGACGCACGAAUGACGCCGAGCUGUUCGAGACGAUCCAGGAUCUCAUCCAGACCUGCACGGACACCGUGGAGGAGAUGCAGGCGCAGGCGAAGAAGGUGCUGGACAGGAGUGGGCUGCGCGAGGAGAUCCAGAGUCUGCAGACGGAGCGGAAUGUGUGGCGCCUGAUCUACAGCCUGUACCGCGACAGGGUGAUUGUGCAGAAGGAGGCGAUGGACUGCGAUGACAUCCCACUGGGCGGCAGCGAGAAGACCAUCGUUGAGCACUUGUACGCCAGCAAUGCGAAUCUCAGGGAGUAUCAGCUGAUCGUGGACUGGCUGGAGUUGUGCAGUCUCGAGCAGAGCUCCGUCGGUCACUUCACGGAUCACACGGUGGCGUGGGAGAACACGCUGCAUCAGCUGCAGAACAGUCGCCAGGCGCUCGCUUUCCGCAGCAAGAAUCGCGAGAUGGUGGCGAGUCUGGAUCCGGAUGCGCCGCAGCGCGAGCGGAAGCCACUGCAUGACUUCGACACGGAGGAUCAGCAGCGCCUCACGCGCGACGUGUUCCUCAAGAUCCGCCAGGGACGCAUUGAGGAGGCGCAGGCGCUGUGCGAGCACUGCGGCCAGCCGUGGCAGGCGGCGCUCCUCGAGGGCUGGCGCCUGCAUCACGAUCCCAACUACGAAGUGCUGGGCGGCAUGACGGAGAAGGCGCAGAUCGAGGGCAAUCCGCGCAGGGAUGCGUGGAAGAAGUUCGCCUGGCGCAUGGCCGACAGUCGGCUGGGCGAUGAGUUCGCGCGGGCGAUUGUGGGUGUGUUUUCCGGACAUCUGGAGUCGCUGCUGGCGUUGCCCGAGUUGUCGUGGCUGGACGUGAUCUGGGCGUAUCUCAAGGUGCAGAUUGACAUCCGCGUGGAGAGUGAGAUCCGCGAUUGCAGCCUCAAGACCUACAUUGCCAUGCCGGAGGCGUACUGGAAGGGGAAAGUCUCCCUGGAGCAGAUCUUCGAGAACAUCGCGGCGCACCGGAGCGAGCGGAUCCGGCGCGAGGCGGAGACGCUGAUGAGUCAGGUGGUGAAGCACGUGAUUCUGGACAAUGUGCCGCAUCUCAUGCAGGACAUCAGCGAGUGGCUGGCGAAGGAGAAGCUCAGCGGCCAGACGCUGCGCUUCCUCGCCCACCUGGUGCUCUUCAUGCGCCAGAUCGGGCGCUCGCACCGCGAGGACGUGGCCGACAGAGUGGUGCGCGCGUACGUGGAGUGGCUCUUCGGCACCCAGGACGCCCGUCUGGUGGCCUUCUACAGUGCCACGCUGCCCAGUGACAUGCAGACGAUGCUCUUCUCCAAGUUCCUCGGCCAAAUCGGCGGCACCGAGGAGCGCCAGCGCAGCCUCGAGGAGGCGCUCAAGGCGGGCCUGGACGUGGCCACGAUCGCCGCCACGACAGUGCGACAGACGCUCGGCACGGAAGUGGAGGACGCCGUGAAGAUCGACUGCCUGGAGCUGCUCACGUUCUAUCCGCAGCACCGCGCGGAGCUGCUGUGGCAGGGAAACAGCCUCAUUCGCGCCCUCAUCGCCGCGCGCCGCGUCGAGAGCGUGCGCCGCGCGAUCGAGUGCAUCCCCAGCGACUCCCUGGACGUGCUGGCGCAGCAGUUCGGCUCCAAGGAGGACAUUCCGUGGCGCGAGGAGUGCGCCAUCAAGGAGUUCCUCUGCCAUCAGACUUACCUGUCCGCCAUCGAUGGCUUCAACGCCUGGACGCAUCUCUUCCACAGCCGCCCGAAGGCGCCCGAAUCCCGGACGGGCGUGAACUUCACGGAGCGCGUGGCGCAGCAGGAGAAGGAGAAGGCCUUCGCCGCCGAGCUGCAGCUGUGGAAGGAGGCGCUGGAGGAGCAGACAAGAGAGACGCGCGAUCUGCUGUACAACAUCCUGGUGUUCCCGGAGCACGGGUGGCUGGUGGAUCCGGAGUGUCUGGACUCGGUGGAGAUCCGCGACAAGGAGGACUGGCACCUGCGCUCCGUGCAGAUGGACGCGCUGCGGCGCCUCUGCAUUCCGGAGAUCGUGCUGCUGCUGCACAAGGUGCUGCACCUGAGCGGCGAGUUCCGGGAGUGCGUGCGGCUGAUGGACGAGCUGGCGUCGGAGCAGCACCGCCUGUUUGAGCUCUUCUCGCAGCACAAGCUGGCCGAGGUGCUGACGAAGGUGGCGGAGUCGUCGCUGGCGCUGAUGAACGACAAGUGCGAUCCGUGGGGCUACUCGACGAUGUGAAGAGGGGGCGGAAUAAAUGUUGUUUCUCGCAAAUCUCGCCGGCAGUGUUAUCAGUCGUGUUAUCACGCACACAGCUGGCCGAGCGCGGCGCACGUGCGAGUGUGUGCGUGCGCGCGAAAGGGGGCGGAAACUCACCACGGCCACUUCCCCUCUUCCGCCGAUGGUGGAGACUUUUCUGACACCUGACAGUGA